AGGAAAAAGACGAAGCUAUCAUCUGUCAAGCCCGAAAAGAGCCGACGGUACAAGUUUGAAACUAAUCCAAUUUGCAAUUGGGAGAAAGGUAGCCAUAUUGUCCGUCACUGGUAUGGCCGGUUAGAUCGAACUACUGCAACCGUGGCUCACCGCCGGCGAGCUCCUAAAGCCCACCUUGAGACAACACAAGCAACUUGCCACAAGUGAAAGGAAGAAGCUCGGUUCACGUCCAAAUAAGCAGCCAAGAACUACGGCAUCAUUUCUGUGUCCUAUCCACCAUCUUCUCCAAGCUUUUCUCUCCUCUAUCAAAACCAGUAAGGCUCAGAGCCAACGUUGAGGAGUCAUACUUUUAAGUUUAACUUUCAGAAGCGCUUCAGUUUCAUCAUUGGAGAUGCCACUUUCUGUCUCUUGAUAUAGAAAUCCAUUUCAAGAUUUUCAGGUUCUGCUUCUUGAAUGUUGUCUCAAGCCUUAGAAUUACCGUUUCUAGUACAAUGCAGAAGGAACCUCUCUGGCGCCGGUGAAUGAUACAAGAGCGAACUGAGGCGAGCUCAGCACCUGAUAAGAUUGCCUUGUUCAAGCUUCUGCGUUGAUUGGUUUUCCAUUAUAUCGUGCGCACAUGUUUCUGAAUGUCAGUCAUGGACCAAAUAAGUUCUGUAUCACAGAUUCUUUACAGUUGGCAAAUAAAUUUACAAUCAAGUGCACCUUGUGUCGGGGAGCUAAUUGUGGUACUUCUCCAUGCUUUCUUCCUUGGCAUCUUGCUUCUUCAGUUGCUCCAUCAAGGGAUCAGAAAAGCGUGCCAAAGAUGGUCCACAGAAGAAGGGAAAGAUCUGCAGAAGCAUCUUAGGGAAACAUCUUCACUCUUAGACAUAAAUUUGGGUAUCACAUAUAAAGGAACUAUAGCUUGCUGUUCUUUGUUAUUAAUUCUCAAUCUUUUGACGCCAAUAUGGCUACUCUUUGUUGGGCAAAGUGCCAAUCGCUACUGCAAAUCUCAAGCAUCGGUUAUUUCAGCGCAAGUGACACAGGGACUUUCUUCAUUCAUAGCACUGGUGGUUGUCUUCAAUUUUCAAAGGGCAAGGUCGAUAGUAAUUCCAUGGAUACUGCGGGCCUGGUGGAUUUGCAGCCUCCCCCAGUCAGUUAUAUGCAUGCUUCUUGAUGUCAACUCUGUUACCGCACAUCAUGACCCCCUGGGAAUAAAAGAAUAUGCAAGUUUCCUCAAUUCAAUCAUCUACUUGUAUCUAUUUUUGUUUGCAAUUAGAGGAAAAACGGGCAUUAAUAUUUCCUCAAGCGGCAUAACAGAUCCACUAUUGCAAAAGGAACAAGGAAAUGAUGCACUAGGAGAAAGGCAGCCAUCUCCAUAUGGGAGAGCCAAUAUCAUUCAGCUCGUCACGUUCUCUUGGAUCAACCCACUGAUUUCUCUUGGUGUCAGGAAAUCUCUAGACCAAGAAGAUGUGCCUGAUAUUGACAUUCAUGAUUCUGCAGAAUUUGUCUCUCAUGUCUUUGAUGAUUGUCUAGGCUCACAGAAAGCUGUUUCACGCGAUCAUUCUCUCUAUAAGGCAAUUUACCUAUUUAUCAGGAAGAAAGCUGCCAUAAAUGCAUUAUUUGCAAUAACAACUGCCAGUGUCUCGUAUGUUGGUCCUUAUUUAAUUAAUGACUUUGUGAAAUUUUUGAGCGGGAGAAAGGAGAGUGAUACAAAAAGUGGAUAUAUUCUUGCUUUGGCAUUUUUUAGUGCAAAACUGAUGGAGACAGUAUGUCAGAGGCAAUGGAUUUUUGGAGCAAGACAGCUUGGCUUGCGCCUAAGAGCAGCUCUAAUUUCUCGUAUCUACAAGAAAGGUCUGCACUUAUCAAGCCAAGCAAGACAAAGCCAUACAAGUGGUGAAAUUAUUAAUUAUAUGAGUGUGGAUAUCCAAAGGAUCACAGAUUUUGUUUGGUAUCUGAAUGUUAUAUUCAUGUUCCCCAUUCAGAUCUCACUUUCCAUAUACAUUCUUAGCACAACAUUGGGCCUCGGAUCAAUGGCAGCACUUGCAGCAACCGCAAUUGUGAUGGCAUGCAACAUACCGAUCACUAGAGCUCACAAAUAUUUUCAGUCGAAAAUCAUGGAAGCGAAAGACAAUCGCAUGAAAUCAACAGCUGAGGUCCUAAGAAAUAUCAAGACCAUAAAGCUUCAAGCUUGGGACAUCCAUUACUCCUGCAAACUUGAACAAUUACGUAAAAUAGAGUAUGAAUGGCUAUCCAAAUCACUGCGCCUAGCAGCUGUCUCUGCAUUCAUCUUCUGGGGUUCCCCAACCUUCGUAUCAAUAAUUACUUUUGGUUCAUGCAUAUUGAUGGGAAUUCCACUGACAGCUGGCAGAGUAUUAUCAGCAUUGGCAACAAUCAGAAUGCUACAAGAACCCAUAUACACUCUGCCAGACUUACUGUCAGUACUUGCACAGGCCAAAGUAUCAAUUGAUAGAGUGAACAUGUACUUUCAGGAAGAUGAACUGAAACCUGAUGCAGUUGAGAUCAUACCAAGAGAUGUAGCAGUGGAGUUUGCUAUAGAAAUAAAAAAUGGUGAUUUCAGUUGGGACCCCAGCUCUAAGACUCCAACUCUAAGUGGGAUAAACUUGCAGGUGAAAAAAGGAAUGAGAGUAGCUAUUUGUGGCACAGUAGGAUCAGGAAAGUCAAGCCUCCUGUCAUCUGUUCUUGGUGAGAUACCAAAACUGUCGGGCAUGGUGAAGUUGAGUGGCACUAAAGCUUAUGUUCCUCAAUCCCCAUGGAUACUGACAGGAAAUAUUCGAGAUAACAUUCUCUUUGGAAAUGAAUAUGAACAUUUGAAAUAUGAUCAAACAAUAAGAGCAUGUGACUUGACCAAAGAUUUAGAGCUCUUCUCUGAGGGAGAUUUGACAGAGAUUGGAGAAAGAGGGAUCACCAUGAGUGGAGGACAAAAGCAAAGGAUACAACUUGCACGCGCAGUUUACCAGGAUGCUGAUAUUUAUCUUCUAGAUGACCCCUUCAGUGCAGUGGAUGCUCACACAGGCACCCACCUGUUUCAGGACUGCCUGAUGAGACUUCUGAAAGAAAAGACUGUACUUUACGUUACACACCAAGUGGAGUUUCUUCCAGCUGCGGACCUCAUUGUAGUUAUGCAAAACGGAAAGAUCACACAUGCUGGAAAAUUUGAGGAGCUUUUGCAACAAAGUGUAGGAUUUGAACUGUUAGUAGGUGCUCACAACCAAGCCCUUGAGACAGUUUUGACUGUAGAAAAUUCAAGCAGACUGGUUGACACACAAAGGCAGGGCAGUACUGAAAGCACUGAGAAUGAACUUGAACCAACGUCCAGAUCAGUGACUGGUCUGCCAAAUGGAACCAAGCACAAUUUGAAGCAGGACAUAUGCCAAGAAUCAACCAACAAAGGUAAAUUACUGCAGGAUGAAGAAAGAGAGAAAGGAAGCAUUGGCAGAGAAGUUUAUUUGUCAUACUUGAGAGCAGUGUGGCACGGUGGUCUGAUCCCCUUCAUACUCAUAGCGCAGAGUAUUUUUCAGGCUCUUCAAGUAGGAAGUAACUAUUGGAUAGCAUGGGCUUCUCCUCCAACAGAUGAAUCAGAGAAAAUUGUCAGCACAGCCACCCUUUUCCAGGUGUACAUAUUUCUCUCUGUCGGAAGUGCAUUAUGUGUACUGGUUCGAGCAAUUUUAGUUUCUGUUUUUGGUCUCCUGACAGCACAAAAGCUCUUCACGGAUAUGCUUAGGAGUGUCCUUCAUGCUCCAAUGUCCUUCUUUGAUUCCACGCCAACCGGAAGAAUCCUAAACAGGGCUUCCACAGACCAAAGUGUUCUGGACUUGGAAAUUGCAGGCAGACUGGCAUGGUCUGCAUUUUCAGUAAUACAGAUCUUGGGCACCAUCGUGGUAAUGUCACAGGUAGCAUGGCAAGUGUUUGCUAUAUUUAUUCCAGUAACAGCGAUCUGCAUUUGGUACCAGCGGUAUUACACACCAACAGCAAGAGAACUUGCUCGUUUGGCAGGCACUCAAAGAUCUCCGAUUCUUCAUCACUUUGCAGAAUCAAUCUCAGGUGCUGCAACAAUCAGAGCUUUUAACCAAGAAGAUCGUUUUAUCGUUGGAAAUCUAAAUUUAACUGAUGCCCAUUCAAGACCAUGGUUCCAUAAUAUGUCGGCCACGGAAUGGCUUUGUUUCAGGCUUAACAUUCUAUCAAAUCUUGUGUUCGUUUUUGCCCUGAUGUUCUUAGUCAGCCUCCCUGAUGGUGCAAUAAAUCCCAGCAUUGCAGGACUGGCAGUAACUUAUGCCCUGAAUCUUAAUAUACAGCAAGCCAGCAUUAUAUGGAACAUGUGUAAUGCAGAAAAUAAGAUGAUAUCUGUAGAAAGGAUCCUUCAGUACUCAAAAAUCACCAGUGAAGCUCCUUUCGUCAUUGAAGAAUGCAGACCACCGAAGGAUUGGCCGUCUGAUGGAAGCAUUAGCCUGAAAAAUUUGGAGAUACGUUACGCCGAGCAUCUUCCAUCUGUUCUGAGAAACAUCACAUGCACAUUCCCGGGGAAAAGGAAGAUCGGCAUCGUGGGGCGGACGGGCAGCGGGAAAUCGACCCUGAUCCAGGCGCUCUUCCGCAUCGUGGAGCCGAGAAGUGGGAGCAUCGUGAUCGACGGGGUGGACGUCGGGAAGCUGGGACUCCACGACCUCCGGUCGAGGCUCAGCAUCAUCCCGCAGGAUCCGACCAUGUUCGAGGGGACCAUAAGAGGAAAUCUCGACCCCCUCCAGCAGCACACCGAUAUGCAGAUUUGGGAGGCGCUCGAGAAAUGUCAGCUGGGAGAGACGGUGAGGGAAAAGAAAGAGAAGCUGGAAUCACCAGUUGUUGAGAAUGGAGAGAAUUGGAGCGUGGGGCAGCGUCAGCUGGUGUGCCUGGGGCGGACGCUGCUGAAGAGGAGCAGCGUCCUUGUUCUGGACGAAGCUACGGCUUCCGUGGACACGGCGACGGACGGCGUGAUUCAGCAGAUUAUCCGGCGAGAAUUCAGGGACUGCACCGUCAUCACCAUCGCUCAUAGGAUACACACCGUCAUAGACAGCGACCUCGUCCUCGUCCUCAGCCAAGGCAUCAUUGUGGAAUAUGAUUCUCCUGCAAGGCUCCUAGAAAGAAGGGAUUCUUCAUUUUCCAAGCUGAUAGCAGAGUACUCCCUGAGAUCUAAGGGCUUCAACAAUUUAGUUGGCUUAUAGAUGGCUUUGAGCAGCAAGCAAGGAGAGGGGAUUGAAGUGAUUGUUGAAUAGAAUCUUCAAUAAAUGUAUGCCUCUAGAGGAGGCUCAUGUACUUUAUACGAUGCUCUGUAUCAGAUACGUGGCAGUAGAGGAAUACAUCGAUUAGUAUUAA